AGAGGCCACACGGCCGGGCGAGGUGUGAGGGACAGCCCGAGGACUACAGGUCCCAAGGUGCCCCGCGCCGCUUCCGGGGCACGGUGGAGCCCCGGCAGCGCGGCCGCAGUGAGGAGACACGGCCAUGCUACGCGCGCUGAGCCGCCUGGGCGCGGGGACCGCCUGCGGGCCCCGGGCCCCGCUGGUGCUGCCAGCGCGCGGCCGCAAGACCCGCUACGACCCACCCGCCAAAUCCAAGAUCGGGCGCGUGAACAUGCCGCCCCCAGUGGACCCUGCGGAGUUCUUCGUGCUGAUGGAGCGUUACCAGCACUACCGCCAGACCGUGCGCGCCCUCAGGAUGGAGUUCGUGUCCGAGGUGCGGAGGAAGGCGUACGAGGCCCGAGCCGGGGUUCUGGCGGAGCGCAAGGCCCUGAAGUACGCCACCGAGCACCGCGAGCUGAUGGCCUGGAACCAGGAGGAGAACCGGCGGCUGCACGACCUGCGGAUAGCGAGGCUGCGGCAGGAGGAACAGGAGCAGGAGCAGCGGCAGGCGUUGGAGCAGGCCCGCAAGGCCGAAAAGGUGCAGGCCUGGGUGCAGCGCAAGGAACAGGAAGUGCUGCAGCUGCAGGAAGAGGUGAAAAAUUUCAUCACCCGAGAGAACCUGGAGGCACGGGUGGAAGCAGCAUUGGACUCUCCGAAGAGCUACAACUGGGCCAUCACCAGAGAGGGGCUGGUGGUCAGGUCACAACGCAGGGACUCCUAGGGGCCCAGUAAAGACAGUGCCCGCCGAGGGACCAUGUUGGUAUUGUGGUGGAAGAGUUGGGCCUGACCUGGAAUAAAGCAGUUGGUGCUGCUUAUGAGGACGGUUCAGCCUUAUCCAGCACAGCCUUCACGUUUUGCCCUCUGCUGUCAACACUUGGUCAGAAACUUCCAAACACAGCGCCCUGUUCUGCCCCUGUGUACAGCCUCAGCACACCAGGAGACCCGAGAGUGGUUUCCGUCUCACAGAGGGUCCGACAGGGCCACAGCCCCCUCAGCCUGCCAGGUCAUCCGAGUAUCAUCAAGAGUAGUGAUGGGCAAAUUACAGUCUGAGGGCCAAACGUGCCUGCUUCCUGUUUUUGUAAAUAAAGUUUUGUUGGAACACAGCCA